AUGCAAGAGUUAGCCAACCUCUUUGACACAGCACCUCUUCCAUAUACUUACGUUCACAUUCCUCAACCAGAUGAACCAGAUAAUGUUCCGAAAUAUCCAAUUGCUUACUACGUUAAUAAAGUUAUCACAAACUUAACACGUAGUGCAUUCAAACAUGCUGGAUUCAAGGUAACAACAUCACCAAAGAACUGGAAUGCCUCUUGGGGACGUCAAUACCAAGAAAAAGAUUAUCAAAGAUGCCAAAACUGGCAAAAGAUUAACCAUUAUGCCGGUGCUUUCCUCAUGGGCCGUAAGGAUAAUCUUAAUACCAGAAUGACGGAGCUUACCCAAAGAGGUCCUGGUUUGGCCGAGUUCUAUCCACAGUCAUUCCUUCUUCCAGAGGAUCAGGAAGGUCUCAACAAGGCAUGGCAAACCAAGAAGCUUUGGAUUGUCAAGCCAUCAGCCUCAUCAAGAGGUCGUGGAAUUCACAUCGUCAAUUCUCAAGUUGAUGAAAUCCCAACAACAGCUGGUGUUGUUCAAUCCUACAUUGAGCAUCCUCUUCUCAUUACACAGCGUAAGUUUGAUAUCCGUUUAUACGCUUUAAUUCCAUCAUGCGAUCCACUUCGCAUCUACAUGCACAAGGCUGGUCUUGCACGCUUCUGCACCCACAAGUACAACCUCGACGGCGACUACAACGACACUCACAUGCACCUUACGAACUUUUCUCUCAAUAAAGAUGAUGAAAACUUCAACCGUUGCGAUACAGGUGUCGAAUCAGUUGACGACAGCAAGUGGUCAUUCCCAUUCUUCAUGAACCACCUCAAAGAGAACGGUUUUGACUGCGAUUUGAUCAUGGAACGUCUUGAACACGUCACAAUCUCAACAGUCAUUGCCGGCCUUGCAGCCAUUCGCAAGCACCAUCAGAAACUCAUUCCUCAUCGCCAUACAUCCUACGAAAUGUACGGAAUCGACAUUAUGUUCGAUGAAAACCUUUGCCCUCAUUUGAUUGAGAUCAACAUCUCUCCAUCAAUGAGUGGCAUGGAUUCUAAGCUCGAUAACGACAUCAAGUACCCAUUAAUGCUUGAUCUCCUCAGAAUGGCCAGAAUUAUCGACUGCGAUCCAAACAGGAAGUACCCAUGUCCUGGCGUUGGCAUGAUUGAUGAUGCCUGGAGGAAUUCAGUCACAGACGAGAGAUACAACGAGGUUGUUGAAGAAAAGAAAGAUGGAUGGAAGAAUCCAACAUUCGGAGACAUCCAAAUGAUCAGAGAUUACAUCGAGGAACAGAACAUACUCGGAGGAUUCAGAAGAGUCUUUCCAAAGAAGAAAACAAUGGACAAAUUCAUUCCAUGCUUCGAAAAGCUUUCUUACUUCGACACAAUGUACCAGAAUUGGAUAAGAAUGCCAACAAAGGACAGAGUCAAAGUUAUCAAAGACAAUUUCGCAAAUUACGCUGCUGAAAUGCAGGAAAUUCGCCAAGAUGCGGCAACCUUUCAAUAG